GAGCAAGUGUUUGUUCAAGCUAAGUGGAGCCCGAAGAACACUGCAAGGGAUCAUGAAGAGCCUCGGGAGAAUCAAGAUAAAGAAGACAUGCUUGGAGUUGAAGAUCACCCGCAAUCCAACUCGAAAAUUAGGGGGGUGAUUGUUGACUAAUUAUCGAGUAGGAUUAGGAUUACCCGAGAUAUUCUAGUUCAAGUAGGAAUAGAAUUAUGGAUCCUAGAUUACUUGUUGGCCAAGUUGGGUUAACACUAUAUAUAUCAUAGCCAAGCCUUGGGUUUUGAUAUGAGAGUCAUAUGAGAAACAUAUGAGAGUUUAUUGUAAUUGGUUUUGAGUAAUUUUCCAGUUAUGAUAAAGAGAUUGUUUCCAACAGUAAAAAGGGUAUUUUAAAGGAAAAGAGAAGUUUAUUUGGGGACAAAGAAAAAACGAAAGGGGAAGUUUAUUUAGGGACGGAGGGAGUAGAAUCCAAAGAUGCACGUUCCUGAUCGCCUAUAUUUCCACCUUCUCACAUAGUACGUACCCUCGAAAAAACAGAUCGAGUGAAUAUGAAGAAACACCAAGCCCCAUUGUUCCCAAACCUCCAUAUUGCAUUAUUAUUGUUCUUUCUCCUCACACUUUUUGGAUUUGGGCACGGCUCAAAUCAUAAAAAUGAUGGUCAAGUUGGGAGGUUAAUGUCCUUGCGCCAUGCAAAAAUGUACCCUCACGGCGGCCGCCGUGUUCCGCCACGGACCGAAGAAGAAAGGUACAACGAGGAAGAUAAAAUAAUGGUGUCACUGCCGGAAGUCAACGAGGGAAGCGUGACGGCGGAUGACGAUCUGAUCGCCGGUGGCCUCCCCGGACAGCCGCCGUCGAGUGCCAAGUUCAACCAGUAUGCAGGCUACGUGAAUGUAGACAAAAGGAAUGGCAGAAGCCUCUUCUAUUACUUUGCGGAAUCUGCGGACACUCCUUCCAAAAAACCUCUCGUUCUGUGGCUUAAUGGAGGUCCGGGUUGCUCAUCACUUGGACUGGGUGCCUUUGUAGAGGUUGGACCUUUUGGCGUUAACCCAGAUGGCAAAACAUUAUACUCAAGAAGAUUUGCAUGGAAUAGAGUUGCAAAUAUGUUAUUUCUGGAGUCGCCCGCCUCAGUUGGUUUCUCAUAUUCCAAUACUACAUCCGAUUAUGCUAAAUCGGGAGACAAUAGGACCGCUCAAGAUUCACUCAACUUCUUACUAAGUUGGUUUGAGAGAUACCCACAUUACAAGUCUAGUGAUUUUUACAUUGCCGGCGAAAGCUAUGCAGGGUUCUACAUCCCAGAGCUUGCUGAUUUGAUCAUAAACACCAAUAAAAUGUCUCACUCAACCUUUAAGAUCCCUCUCAAGGGAAUUAUGAUUGGGAAUGGGAUAAUGAAUGAGGCCACGGACGAAAGGGGAUUGUACGACUAUCUUUGGAGUCACGCCUUGAUUUCGGACGAAACGCACCGAGGGGUGUCCGAAGACUGCUUUUCGACGACCAAAAGGGGGAUGAAAUGUUAUGAAUUUCAAUAUUCGGCGGUCAACGAGACGGGAAGCAUAGAUUUUUAUAACAUAUAUGCCCCGUUGUGCUCCAACAAUUCGCGGCACACACAGAAAAAUAAUGUCGCGGCCGGGGGGUUUGACCCUUGUGAGAGUGACUAUGUGCAUGCCUACCUUAAUCUCCCCGUCGUCCAGAAGGCCAUGCAUGCCAACACCACCAAGCUUAAUUACACUUGGGAACUCUGCAGUAAUGAGAUCACGAGUUGGACAGAUUCACCAUUAACCAUGUUUCCAAUCUAUAAGAGGUUAUUCAAAACCGGCCUCCGAAUACUUCUUUAUAGUGGCGACAUAGACGCGGUGGUGCCGGUGACCGGAACCCGGUAUUCCAUAAAUGCAAUGAACUUGACUGUGGUCAAUCCAUGGCAUCCAUGGCAAGAUGGCACACAAGAAGUUGGUGGGUAUAAAGUGGGGUACGAGGGUUUAACGUUCGCGACGGUAAGAGGGGCAGAACGGUCGAGCACGUCGACCGUCCCGUCGGCAGAUUGUUUGGAUGAUGCUGCUGUUGAUUCUUCCGCCACCGCCGUACGCCACUUUGCUACCGCCAUGGCCGAUGAACAACCAAGGAAGAUGUUUUUGCCUGAAGAAGAGGAUAAUCAUGAGAGGGGAACCUCUCUGUUUCCAAAUUUUGAUAAUUUGACUCCAGAACAGUGGAAUGCUGUUCGGCAUGUUUUCUCCCUAUCACUGUCUGUUUCUAGUAUGAAGCUUUCAGGUGCAUCUCUUGAAACAGGAAGUACAAAUGAGGUUAGCUCUUAUGAUGAAGAUGAAGAACUGCGGAUGGAAGAACAGAUGGACCGUUCCAGAAGGGACGGUCGACCGGAGGAAAGCGGCAGAGCAGACCAGCUACAGACGGUCGACCUGAUGGACCGUUCCGAUGUCCACAGUCGACCGUCCGAGAGGCAGAAUGACGGAUUCUUUAGAGAUGACCGAACGGUCGACCUGGUGGACUGUCCUGAUAUCCACGGUCGACCGUCGGAGAGGUAGAAUGGCAGUUUUUUGGGAGAUGAUCAAACGGUCGACCGUGAUGAGGAAGACGGUCGACCGUGAUGAGGAAGACGGUCGACCGUGAUGAGGAAGACGGUCGACCGUCUCCAAGGCAGAAAGUUAGCGAUCCGGAACAGCCUCAGACGGUUGACCCCGUGGA